AUGGCACGUAACGGUGGGGGUGGCCGCUUCCCCGGGCACAACCUCUCAAAUCCCUUCGCUCACCUCUCCGCGCCGAUACACCAACAACCACAACUGCCGCAGCAGCACCAGCAGCAACAGAACAUGCCACCCCACAGCUUUGGCGGGGGCAACCAGGCGCACAACAUCAACCUCUUCGGGCAGAAUCAGCAUGCUUUUCAAUCCAACAACGCUGGGAUCGCCGGCGGCCUUGGCGGAGCAGGGUUAGGAGCCGUAGCUGGCCUAGGCGGGGUUGGUGGAGGGACAGGUCUGGACGGACAUGAGGCGCGUAUGCGUUUCGCUCAUGGUGCUCAGCUGCAGCAGGACGCUGUGCGUGGCCAGGAUGGCGCAAAGGGUCUUGCGGGCCAGCGGAUACGCGACGUAUGGAGGUCAAACCUACACCAAGAGAUGGACCUUCUACGCUCCCUCAUCGACCAGUACCCGUACAUCAGCAUGGACACAGAAUUCCCCGGUGUCGUUGCGCGACCGAUCGGCGACUUCAACUCGAAAGCGUCCUACCACUACCAGACAGUGCGGUGCAACGUCGACCUUCUUAAGAUCAUCCAGCUCGGCGUCACACUCUUCUCGGUACAGGGCGAGAUCCCCCCCGCACAGCUCGACUCGUCCACAUUGCAGUACCAGCCGAAGUCAUUACAGCGAUAUGCGAACAACAUCGUUGUUUGCCCAUGCACAUGGAGUUUCAACUUUCAGUUUUCACUGGAAGAUGACAUGUACAACGAGGAAUCUAUCCAGAUGUUGAAGAAGUCGGGUGCCGAUUUCGAGAAGCACGCAUCACAAGGCAUCGACCCACAGGAGUUCGGGUCGCUGCUGAUCACAUCCGGGAUGACACUCUCAGACGACGUCAACUGGAUAUCAUUCCAUUCUGGUUAUGACUUUGCGUAUUUGAUCAAGAUGGUCACCUCCAAGUCGCUGCCGGAGGAUGAGGAUUCAUACCGCAAGCUUGUCGAGAUCUUCUUUCCUCGCCUUCUCGACGUCAAGUACCUCUGGCGACACGCCAACAGUCUCGUCCGCCGCGGCAUAAUAGGCGCCAAUGCCACCAACAUCCUGAACAACUUGGGCACCAAGUCAGGCCUUCAAGAUCUCGCUGACGAGCUCGGCUGCCAACGGAUUGGUAACUCGCACACAGCAGGCUCAGAUGCCUGGCUCACUGGCACCGUCUUCUGGGAGCUGAAGAAGAAGAUCUUUGAGGGCUCCGUUCCUGAUGAGAUGAAUGGGCAGAUGUGGGGGCUGACUGGAGUUGGCCCACCAGCCAGCGCAACGGCGCAAGCUGCUGUACUCGCAGCACAGGGGCAGCAGAACCUCACUGGCUUCCAAGGUCUCAAUGGCGGUCCCAUGAUGUUCCACCCCGGGAGCGCGAGACACGGCGAUGGCCCAAGCACACCUACGAACCACCCAGCGGGGCUCGCCACAACGCCAGGACCUACCGGCCAUAUGACUCCAGGCGGUAACUAUGGAGGCUAUGGCGGUAACAAAUAG